CGGGCUCACUUCAUACUCAUACAGUUAAACUCAAACGGCCGUCUCUUCUGUGCUGCUCCGAAUUAUAUAUAUAUAUAUAUACAUACGAUUUUUUUCGUUUUUUUCCUAACACAGUCGUUCGUCGAUUUUUUGAAAAAUUCAAAGAAGAACACCGGUCACUCGUUGCACGUACCGUCGAAACGAACCACCUCUGCCGCAUCUUUUUUCGAAUCUGGAUGUUAUAAAUUACAUGAAAAACGAAACUUGGUGACAACGAUCUCUUUUCACUUCUGCAGCACCCCGACUACGCGUUGCAACGCAAGGGUUGUUCUCGUAUUACGGAGUUAUAAGUUUCGGUCUUCGGAUUUUUUACAAAAUGAGUAAACCGGCCCAAGGUGCCAAGGCUUUUCUAGGCCUACACGAAGUGGCGACCGUAUCGAUAUGGCGGGCUCUUUUGGCCGAACUGAUCGGUACUCUGCUUUUGGUCCUGAUCGGAUGCGGAUCCUGUCUCACAUGGGGAAAUAAUGUUCCCUCGAUACCGCAAAUCGCCUUCACUUUUGGUCUCACGGUAGCCACCCUUGCGCAGGCAAUCGGACAUGUGUCGGGAUGUCACGUAAACCCGGCUGUGACAGCCGGUCUAGUCGUCAGUGGCAAUUGCAGCCUCCUCAAAGGAUUUUUCUACAUCGCCUUUCAGUGCAUAGGGGCUGUCUGCGGUGCGGCUAUUCUUAAGGUCAUGAUCCCGAAUUCAGUCGCAGGGAAUCUCGGCAGCACAGUUAUUGACGGCGGUAUCGACGUCGGACAAGCCGUCCUGAUCGAAGCUUUCAUCACCUUCAUGCUCGUCCUGGUGGUUCAUGGAGCGACGGAUUCGAAACGAAGCGACGUCAGAGGGUCCAUCCCUCUGGCAAUCGGUCUGGCUAUCACGGCCGCCCACUUGGCUGCGAUUCCUGCUACCGGAAGCAGCAUGAAUCCUGCUCGUACUUUGGGCCCUGCGGCGGUUAUGGGAUUAUGGGCGAAUCAUUGGGUAUAUUGGGUCGGGCCAAUAGUUGGAGGAGUUGCGGCGGGGGCGGUUUACAAAAUUUGCUUCAACGUCUCAGGGAAAAAGGACGAGGACCAAGCGUCGUACGACUUUUAGGAGGAUGUAAAAAAAAAUUGAAAUGAAAGGAUAUGAAAAGAUACGCUGAUUAAUGUCAACGUGAACGGUACAAGUGUCUCAUUCGCGAUAAUAUCACGCUUCGAAUUUGAUGGGUAGCUAAGCAAGAAAAUUUGAAGCGAAUCUGACAUGUCGUAUUUGGUAAGGAGGUAUAUCUAUAGAUACGCAAAUGUAGUGUAGCUUCGAAAUCGAAUUUGUACGCUAGUUUCGCACGAAGGAAUCCACCGAAUCGUAUAUUGCUUAAAUUUACUAAAUUACGUUAUUUAUAAUCGACUACGCUAUUUUUAGUUGAAAAAUUAUUUAAAUCAUUGCUGCGCGUGUUGUGAAAAUCUUUUUGUGAGACAACGGGAUUGCAGGCUAUUGAAUCUCAUUGUUGGCCUGGAAAUCGAAGACGUUUGACAAAAGGGAGAGGCUUAAUAUAUACGUGUGCUCUAUGGCAUACCCUGUAAUAUUAAUUUUCAUUUGAACGACGAUGAUGCUAAUUCGCGCAAUUUCGCCGCCGAUGCCUAUUGGAUCCUACGUGCGUUACUUGCUCAAGACAUCAUGUAUAGGCAUAUGUAAUCUAAGGUAUAUCAUUAGUUGUAUUACAUUAUCAAUCCCUCACAAUCACACUUAUUACAUAUAGGUAUACCACUGGAUUGCGUAACGCUCGAAAAUGUCACCAGAAAUUAACUGAAAGAUAUACACAUCUAAUCUCUGCACAAUAUCAGAAGAACGAUACCUGUAUGUUCAAGACUUUGUAAUAUAAUCGCUAUAGAGAAAUAUUAUAUUUUUCUCACUUUGCUGUUAGCUCAAAGAUUUCGAGCCUCGAAUUUUGUCCGCUCUUACUUUUUCUCAUCUACGGCGAUGAAGUUUUCGUUGAAAAAUUUCACUUUUUCAAAAAAACUAAAUUAAUAAACGCUUCAUAUUCACAGUGCUUCUGAUCAUACGAUUAUGUUUCCAAAAAAUAUUUGCGCAGCUUUUUGGCAACUGAAUUUUUUUUCACGAUAACUGUAAGAAAACAUAAUCAUUCCGUCCCUCUCCAUCGUAACCAGGUAACUAGAAUAUAAUCGUGUAAAUCAUUUUUUAUUUUUAUUCUCGAACGCACAGCAUUUUAUUUAGGUUUUUGUAUAUAUUGUACUUAAUUUAGUGAUACUCUUUUUUUCUGUAAAUCAAUCGAUGUAACGAUCGAGAAAAAUGAAAAACAAAAAAAAAUUA